CCGGAGCGGCGGCGGCCGCAGCGCCAGAGCUGAGUCCGAGCCCGAGCCCGAGCCGGAGCGCGGCCAGCAGGCUGCAUCCCCCACCUGUCCUCCGGCAGCAGACUGGACAAUUUCUCCCCUUGCUACAGAGAUGAGACCUGGCAAGGUGCUGUGGAGCCGUCCAUGACAGAGACUGCGCAGCAGGAAGCAAGAAGGAGGGGAGGGGGUUUCCUCUUCUGCAGCAGCAGCUCCUUGUGAGCCUCGGGACGCAGCCCCACCCUACCCCCUCCUCCCUGCCAGGCUCCUCUCACCCCCGAUAAAGACACCAGAACCAUCCCCAUCAGGCACAGAAUGUGCGAUUCCAGCUGCAGGGGGAUGCCUUCCUUAGGGACAGGUUUCAGAGGAGUCACCUGCAGCGAGCCCCAGCUGUGACCCAUGGGGAGGGAGCUGUGAUCCCAUCCAACCAGCCCAGCUGGGAGGAGAGGAAGGGCCUGGUGGGGCAGGAAGCCUGAGGCCUUUUGGGGCUGAGGGAGGCAGUCUGUUGGAAUUGAGGGUAGGGAAGCAGGGAAGCAGCUGGACACUGAUCACCUCGGCAUGGAUUGUGUGCUCUGCACAGCCUCCCCAAGGGACUGGAGACAGGAGAUUCCCGAGACCGAGACGAGACGCUGGGCUUGGGCUGGCUGUUCUGGGCUCUGCGGAGGCCUCAUUACUCAUGCUGCUGAGGUUGAGAGCCUUCAGCAGGGCAGCUGGGCUAUGGAGGCAAGCACCUGAGAGCACCAGGGGCCGAGUGUAACCAGAGUCAAGCAGGGAGGAGGGGAGCACAGGACAAAAUCAAGGGUGGGACCCUGUGUUUUCCCCGGGGUCUCCUAUUUGGGUGUGAACAGAGGGGCAGCAGGGGCUGGAUCAUUUUCCUCCUGCUCCCACUAGCCGCAUCAGGACUUUGGAGCACCAGGGAUUGGGUGUGGCCAAGAUGCUCGCUCCAGCCUGGCAUGUGUAGUUAAGAGAAGAGACAGUCUCUGUGCAACUGGGAUCAUUCCUCCGGGGGCCAGCACGUUGCGGGGAUACUGCUCGUUCCUCAUCCAUGCUGCUUUCUGAAGGACUCUGAAGCCAGAGGUCGAGCCAGUCAGGCCCAGAGAACCACCCUCAGAGGGCAAGUGGCCUGGAAGGAUGUCCUCCUGCUGACUUCCCUGUCUCCAACCCCUUUGCUGCCUGCUCUGCUCAGGCUGCUGCCUGCUGACCUGCCACCAUGUUGCGGCCGAGCUCAGGGGUGUUGAUCUCGGUGAACGGGCUGGGCUUCCCACCGCAGAAUCUGGCCCGCGUGGUGGUGUGGGAGUGGCUGAAUGAGCACGGGCGCUGGCGGCCCUACACCGCGGCCGUCUGCCACCACAUUGAGAAUGUGCUGAAGGAGGACGCCCGGGGCAGUGUGGUCCUGGGGCAGGUGGAUCCCCAGCUGGCUCCGUAUAUCAUUGACCUGCAGUCCAUGCACCAGUUCCGCCAGGACACAGGGACCAUGCGCCCAGUGAGGAGGAACUUCUAUGACCCCUCCUCAGCCCCUGGGAAGGGUAUCGUGUGGGAGUGGGAGAACGACAACAACUCCUGGACCCCGUAUGACAUGGAUAUUUGCAUCACCAUCCAGAAUGCCUAUGAGAAGCAGCAUCCGUGGCUGGACCUCUCCUCUCUGGGCUUCUGCUACCUGAUCUACUUCAAUAGCAUGUCACAGAUGAACCGGCAGACACAGCGGAAGCGCCGACUCCGGCGCCGCAUGGACCUGGCAUACCCGCUCACCAUGGGCUCCAUCCCCAAGUCCCAGUCCUGGCCUGUGGGCACCAACUCCGGGCAGCCGUGUUCCUGCCAGCAGUGCCUUCUGGUCAAUAGCACCAGGGCAGCCUCCAAUGCCAUCCUGGCCUCGCAGCGGAGGAAGGUGUAUGUGGGGAACAGCAAUGGGACUCUGACUGUUAGGCAGAGCAACACUUUCAACAGCACAGCAUUGUGGUCUGCGGGCACCAUGGCAACUGGGGGGACAGCUAAGAUGGAGCAGGUCCGGUCCCCUAGCGGCAUGCAAGUGACCACCUUCUCCCGAAGCCAGAGCGCUCCCACUGGCACCCAUCUUCCUGGGCAGAACAACCUGAACAGGCCUGGCACGCAACAGGUUGCAAUACUGAGUACCAGGACCUCCAUCCCACCAGGGGUUCCUGCCCUCCCGGUUAAGAAUCUGAAUGGAACUGGACCAGUCCAUCCAGCCCUGGCAGGUAUGACAGGCAUUUUGAUGUGUGCUGCUGGGCUGCCUGUAUGCCUGACCCGGGCCCCGAAGCCCAUCCUGCACCCUCCGCCCGUGAGCAAGAGUGACAUCAAGCCGGUGCCCGGGAUCAAUGGCAUCUGCAGGAAAACCAAGAAGAAGCACCUCAAAAAGAGCAAAAACCCCGAGGAUGUGGUACGCCGGUACAUCCAGAAGGUGAAGAGCCCGCCAGACGAGGACUGCACCAUCUGCAUGGAGAGGCUAGUGGCCUCGUCCGGCUACGAGGGCCUGCUCAGCCACAGGGGCGCCAAGCCGGAGCUGGUGGGCAAGCUGGGCAAGUGCGGGCACAUGUACCACCUCCUCUGCCUGGUGGCCAUGUACAACAAUGGCAACAAGGAUGGCAGCCUGCAGUGCCCCACCUGCAAGGCCAUCUAUGGGGAGAAGACCGGGACCCAGCCCCCAGGGAAGAUGGAGUUCCACAUCAUCCCACACUCGCUGCCUGGCUACACGGAAUCCAAAACCAUCCGCAUCGUCUACGACAUCCCCACGGGCAUCCAGGGCCCAGAGCACCCGAACCCCGGAAAGAAGUUCACAGCCCGAGGCUUCCCCCGGCACUGCUACCUACCGGACAACGAGAAAGGCAGGAAGGUUCUGAAGCUCCUGAUUGUGGCAUGGGACCGCCGGCUCAUCUUCACAAUCGGCACGUCCAGCACGACGGGAGAGUGCGACACAGUGGUGUGGAACGAAAUCCACCACAAGACAGAGUUUGGUUCCAACCUCACUGGCCACGGCUACCCCGACCCCAACUACCUGGACAAUGUCCUGGCUGAGCUGAUGGCCCAGGGGGUCUCGGAAGCCAACCUGAAGGACUGAGGAGGAAGCCCCCGCUCUCUGCUAGCGUGCUUCUUGGCAGCCAAACCCCGCCUGCGUCCGUGCCCUCGUGCGUGUCUCCGUGAGUCCGUCCUCCACCACCGCCAUGCCCAGGAAUCACCCAUCUUCCCGGAGCUCUCACUCUGCUUCUGCUGCCUUGACCUGCAGUAACCUUCAGACUGCAAUGCCGGACCCGCGGAAGCGUACAACCCCACCCCCCAGGCGGAGUGGCUCCCCCUUUAACCAAGGCCAUGUGUGUGCCCCGCACACACGCUGGCCUACGAGCAGCAGGCCAGCAGAAGCCGCGUGAGUGACCAAGCAACGCAAAGCUGGGCUGAUUAUUUUUUUAUAUUCUUGUGAUCUGUGAUAUUUUCCCUGUUUGAGACCCCAGCCCACACCUGACUGUACACACACACGCCCCCCAUGUCGCUCUCUCUAUGGAAAUCUUGUACAGUGUCUGCUAGAACACAUACACAUAGCCAAGGGGGCAACUUCUGGCCAACUCUCCCACAGCCACAGCACCACCAUCUGUCCUGUCCAGUCUGUGCCAACGUCGUCUGCGUGAGCCACCUCCCCCCACAGCCACGUAGCACAUUUGCCAUUGCUCCUCACUGCUGCAACUCUGAAAGGGAGGAAGAGGGCCGGCAUGCGCAGGAGAGAGCUGCUCCCACAGCUGGGCAGGGAUGGAAAUGAGGUGGCUCUUACUCGUCUGCCUUGGGGAGGGGAAGCGCUCAGAGCCAGCCCUACUGAGCUCCCAGGCCUACAUGCACCAGCCCUCCCCGCCAUAGCGAAGGCUCCAAGACUGGCAGUGGUGCAGCGACCAGCCGGGGGAGGGGGGUGAUAAUGCUUGGCACUCUGC